UUUUCUUCGCCUUGCUGCCAAGGUUUUCAUGGCGAUUGUCUUCGCAGGAUGGAUGAUGGUCUGGAUCAUGAGGCCAACGAGAACUUGGACAAACAAUUUCUGGAAUCCAGUUCUUCGUCAUGUCUCCACCAAAGCAUAUGGCGACACUGGGGCAUACACUCUUAUUUACAUCUCCCCCAUACUACUGGUGGCGUUUGUUGGAGCCAUUUAUCUUAGUUACAGCAAGAAAAGCAAGACCAUGAAGCCACUUAAGAUAAAUCCAUGGAAUUAUCCAGUGUUUGUUAGAGGCCCAUUAGCACUAAUCUCAUUAUCCGAGCUGGCGCUACUUGGGGCGUUUGUGGCUUUGUUUGCUUGGACGACCGCUAAACACCUCAAGAACUCUUUCGACAGGAUCAAUAUUCCAUUCAUGAUGCAUCCCGGAAUGAGCCCCCACAUGGAUCCUUUGUGGCAGAGGAAGUUUAACAUCGUUGGAGGCAGGCUUGGAGCUGCAGGAGCCGUCCCGUUUGCUUUUCUUUUCUUUCCAGUUGCAAGAUUUUCCUCCCUUUUCCAGCUUAUCAAAAUUCCUUUUGAGCACUCAAUCCGGUAUCACAUUUGGAUUGGGCAUAUUAUGAUGGUUAUAUGGUCAGCUCACAGUAUCGUGUAUGUCAUGUAUUGGCCAAUUGCUCACAAAUCCAAAGAGUUUAUUUUGUGGGAGAAGACGAGCAUUGCUGGUUUUACUGGCAUGUUUGCAUGGAUUGUUGGACUGCUUAUUUGGGUCACGUCACUCAAUCCUGUUCGCAAGCAGAGAUUUGAGCUCUUUUAUUAUACCCAUCAGCUCUACAUUUUGUUUGUGAUUGGAUUCGUUUUUCAUGUGGGAGAGAAAUGGCUUGCCAUGAUGGUUGCAGGGAUUUUUCUCUUCACCAUCGAUAGACUAUUCAGGUUCUUACAAUCCAGAAGGCAUGUUGAGGUGGUAUCAGCGAGGAUGAUCUCUAGUGAGACCAUAGAGCUCACGUUUGCAAAACUCCCAAAUAUGAAUUAUCCCGCAGCAAGUGUGAUUUUUGUGAACCUCCCUGCAAUUUCGGGUCUCCAGUGGCAUCCAUUUACAGUCACCUCCUGCUCUGGAGUCGAGCUUGACAAGCUCUCGAUUUUAGUGAAGUGUAGUGGAAAAUGGACAUACAAGCUCAGGGAGCUGAUCGUCCAAGAGGGUUACAAAGGCAUUUCCAACGAGAAUCCUUCUCCAACACGAGACAUCAGUAAGAUCAAGAAGCAAGUUAGAGGAAUCUCGAGAACUCAAGGCUACAAACUAUAUGCUGCAACGAUCUUGGCGUCUUUCCUCGGUUACAUGCUCCUUGCAGGAGUUAUUCAUCGCUAUUACAUCUUUCCACAAGAUCACAAUACUUACAAAGCUUUCUCAAGAGCAGGGAGGGGUUUCAUCUCGCUCAUGGAAUACAUUGCUGGAGUUGUGUUCUUUGGUGGAGCAACGAUUCUCGCUUGGAACUGUUGGAAAGGAAAAGACUUGCACCUUGUAGAUGCGCCAUAUGUGGGUUCCAUUUCAGCUGAAGUUGGCCUCAAGCCAACCAGCAUUCAGGUUGGAAAGCGUCCGGAGUUUCAAGACAUUAUUCCGGAGCAUUCAAAAGGAAGGAAGGAGUAUGUGGGAGUGUUUGCGUGUGGGCCUGAGGGAAUGCAAGAAAGUGUGGGAGUACUUUGUCAAGCUCACAAGCUCAACUUUCAUCCUCUUAAUUUUGAACUGUAACGUGUGUUUCUGGGCUUGGAAGAUUUUAUUACUUUUGAAAACAAUGUUCUCUACACUAUAAUAUGGUAUCAGCAUAAUUUGAAGUUUACUUAUUAAUAUACUUUACAAGCUUAGUAAAA